AGCAUUUGCAUCACUACGCAUGCGCGAGAUUCGUCCCUCCACCUCUCAACACACUGGUUGAUCCUUAACGUUUCUCUUAUUUGAAACAGUCAAGAAAAAAUUGUAUAUACCACAUAUCUGCGAUAAAAGCGUAUACUGCUUUCUGUAAUUGGUUUUACAGUGAACGAAAUUCAAGAAUUGAAUUUUAUUUUGAAUUUCUUCAAUUGAUACAGUGCGUAUAUGUGUACUAUGUCGGAGAUUAAAGAUGAUCCACGAGAAGUUCUCGUUCUUUUGAAUUCAUUAGGAUUCGUUGGCAUUACCGCGGCUCAAUUAAAAGCUUUUAUGAAAGAUUUGAAGAUCUAUAGAAAGAUAAAAGAACGCGAAAGACAACAACGAAAAGAAGAGAUUAAAACGAAAAUAAUUAGUAAACAACAGGCUCUGAUUAAAGAAGCUCAUGGGCAUCAGAAUACAGAUUAUUCCUUAAUCAAUAUUGUUCCUUCUGAAUCCUCAAAUUCCUUUGAUGAUGAAUCAUUGGUAAAAGUCAAGAUAAAAUGUAUUCCUAAGGAAGAUAUCCAAAAACAUACUAAAGCAACUGUGAUAAAAUCAGAUGAAAAGCUGUCAACAAUAAAAUACCACAAAGAAGGUGUUCAAAUAAACGAAUCUGAUGGGACUUGCUGUAAACAAAACUAUUUUAAUAUUAAACCUCCGAUUAUCAAAUGUUCGAAAAGCGAGAAUAGACGAAAUGCUUCUAAAUGUUUAGCAAAAGAUAGUUAUUUGACGGAAGAAUGCAAGCUUAAUUUAAGAAUAGAGGAUCAAGCAAAACCAAUAACUUCAGUAUUUGAGCAAUCGAUAUGUAAACCUAGAUCAGAUUAUGUAAGCGGAUUAGAGUCAAAGAGUAUAGCAUCAGAUCCAACUGGAAAUGUGCGUACACAAAGUACUUUAUCUACAAGAUCAUCCAUUAAUACCAGACCUAAAUCAUUUAUUCGGCCAUGGAGAUUGCAACCACAAGCACAAAAAGUCAUUAACAAAAAAUGUGAUCCUGUUGCUCUUUAUCAAAAGUAUCAACAGGAAUGGAAACAGGUAUCUUUCCCUGGAGAAGCAAAACAUUCGAAAGUAAGAUGGGCUGUACGGGAAAAAAUGCUUGGUACAGAUCCACAUCCUGUGCCACUUUUAAAAAAAUCCACAAGUAUACCAAUAUUAAAAAAGAAAUGAUGAUGAAGAAAAGUAGAUACGAUAGAAUGAUAGAAAAUUGAUACAAUGAAUAAUAUGACAAUAAUUAGAUUAAUUUAUAUUAUAUGGUAAUCUUUUUAAAAUGAUACUGUUGUUAACACAUAAGUAUUGUAAGUAAAAAUAUUUAAAAUGUAAGCAAACACAAGCAAUUGUAUAUAUAUAAAAACAAUAAUACAAAAGUUUCUAAAUACAACUUUUUAUUCUUGACUAAGUUU